GGUAUACUGCCCUACAGCGCGCGGCGUGCGAAGGUCACCUCGAAAUCGUCCGCCAGCUCAUCAAACACAACGCGAAUGUCGACCAUCAGGAUGAUCAGCACGGCAACACGGCGCUGCACGAGGCCGCGUGGAAGGGCUACAGCCAGACGGCGGAGGCGCUGGUUCGAGCCAAAGCCAACGUGUACAUCAAGAACAAGGGGGGCUUCGCGCCCCUGCACCUGGCCUGCCAGAACGGCCACAACCAGACCUGCCGCGUCCUGCUCCUCGCUGGCUGCAAGCCCGACAUCAAGAAUAACUACGGCGACACCCCCCUGCACACGGCGGCGCGGUACGGCCACGCCGGCGUCACGCGGAUCCUCCUGUCGGCCAAAACCAACGUCGGCGAGAUGAACAAGAACGGCGACACAGCGCUGCACAUCGCGGCCGCCAUGGGGAGGAGGAAGCUCACCCGAAUACUGCUCGAGUCCGGCGCCGACCAGACGAUCAAGAAUAAGCAAAACGAGACCCCGGGCGACAUAGCUAAGCGAAAGGAGUUCGAACAGAUCCUGGAGAUCCUGAAGAAUCCUCCUCCUGUCGUGACUCCCGAGGAGCGGCUGCGGAGGGAACAGGAGCAGAAGAAGAAGGAGCUGAAGGAGGCAAAGGCCAAGGGAGCGUCGGGGGGCAAGGCGAGCAAGGGGGCGGCGGGGGGCAAGAGCGACAAGAAGCGCGAGAAGACCAACGACAGCGGGACGUCGAGCAAGGACAGCAGCACGCGGGCCAAGGAGAAGAAGAAGCACAAGGCGGAGCACAAGGAGAAGCGCCGCGCGAAGCACGUGGAGUGGUCGCCCUACGGGUGCCAGUUCUACCCUCCGGCCACGGCGGAGUUGGCGGCGCUCAACAUCGACUCCUUGCCCAAGGAACCGCUAGCCACGGGCGAGCAGUACUUCAUCGACCUCGCGGGAAAUAUCAAGAAGGGACCCGUCGGCGUGGGUUACACGUGUUACUGCGCGCCCUUCUUCAGGAAUGUGGAAAGCAAACUGGAGAAGGACAAGGUAGCGCUCAUGGACCACAUUGACGCUGCUCAUGACAAACUCGAUGCCAAGAUCACUAACCUCGAGCACCGCACGCGGUCGCACAUCCAGCAUCUCAGCGACACCGUCAAGCAGAAGCUGGCGGCGGAGAAAGAAGAGUGUCGUCAGCGGGCUGAGAGAACCCGGACGUCUCGCGAUGCGGAGGCAGAGCUGAGGGCGUCGCAACUCCGGCAGUGGGUGGAGCGUCGUCUCGCAGCGCAGAACUCAGGAAGCCCCGUCGCCCAUACGCCCAGGACCUGCACCGCCUUCAGAGGCUCAAUCCGAAGGGGAAGAGACCCUGUGACGGGGCUCUUCCCUUUGACGAGAUCCCGCUCAGAAGAAGCUGUAUCAGAGUAUCGGGAGGAAGGAGAGAGCGACCAUGAACCUGUGUACAAGGGACUCAGGGUGCUCGACCACCCGACGUCCAUGUACAAUAUUCCUCAGACCCUCAACGACGAGAUUGACACUGUCAUCUAUGAUUCACCAAAGCCCAUCGCCUCGCUGGUUCCCGGCGCCCUACGAUGUCCUUCACCAGAUGACCAUCACAUCCGGAGUGUGUCUGCAGAUGGUCGCGGCGGACCGCCGACGAGCAGACAGGAGGGUCGAAGUCAUUCAGUAGAUGCUCGACAAGUCCUGGGUGAUCCACGAAGUCAAAUGGAGGAGAAGAGAGGCCCAGAAAAGCCUCGGGGUGAGAGUCCCGGCUGGCUGGCCACGAACAGAGACCUUCUGAACGAGUCUACCAGCAGUGAUGCUUCUGCUGGUCGUCGAGGAAGUCGCGGGAGCCGAGGAGUAAGCGGGUCGUCUGCCCAUGGCUCACCUCUGGUCGGCCGCAUGAGUCGCUACUCCCCAGCUCAACCAUCGCCGCUCUUGCGCCGCCCGGACUUGACUUCGCAGGGCGAGGUCUUGAUUGCUCCUCCAAUGAGACCUGCGCCCCUGCACCACUCCGACCUGAAUCAGGCGGUGGACAACCUGCGGGUGUCGCACGCCGAGCACGGGGCGAUACCAAAGACCAACGGCCGAGCAGAGGAUCGCGACGAAGACCGGGACGACGCGCACGACCAUCAGCAGCAGGAAUGGAGUGGCUACAGCCGUUACGAUUAUCGCAACACCAAUCCGUAUAUGUAUGGGGAUCUUCGCGGCCGCAAUCCACAUGCAAGGCCGCCUCCUAUCACCAGUGCUCCCCUAGAGCACAAAGCCGCAAAGCCAGGGUAUGAGGCCUACCCGCAAUACCCAAAGACACCCGAGGAAGGACAGACGGCAGAGACAUACCACGCUUCACUAGCGCAAGCCCACGAGGACUUCGAUGCUGCCACCUAUCUGGACAUGGACAGGUAUAGGAUACAGCAAGCAGUACGACGUCUGUAUGAUGGUUAUAUGGCGGAGGGCCGCCUCGACCCAGUCCAGCGCCGGCCAAACCUGGAGUCGUCUCUGGAACACGAUUCCCACAAUGAUUCCGGCUACUCGACCCGCCUGUGCACGGGCUCCCAGGGCCCCUCGCCUGCCCUCUCAGGUGGGCAUGAAGUGUCAUCAGACACCGAGAUGAAGCACGUGUCCGAAACGUGUCUACAGGAGGCCAGUAGGCACGUGGUAGUCGAAGCCAGGGACGGAGGCAGACACCCUCCGGGAAGAGACGCGGCCUACGCUACGGGCGCCAUUUCAAGGUUCUCGAACGGUUUGCCGCAGGGUACUUCGGCGUCCCGGUUCUCAACGCCACACUUGGGGAACGACAAAGUCAUUAUCGGGGAAUCGUCUCUGGUGUAAUAUGGAACAGAGCAUAAUAUGUGGCGAAGAUGGAAUUACCGAAAAAAAAAUUCUUUGGUUUUAAGAAUAACCAUAAAAGUUCAAAUAAUAGCCAAGGUUAAUUAGAACAUGUGUUCUGAAUUAGAAAUUCAUUGUUAAGUUAAACAGGUAUUGCUUUUAAUGAAGUGAUUUUCAAAAAUACAUAAAUAAGUAAAAUGAUGUACAUAAUGUGAGAUAUACCAGUCUCGGUGCUUGUAUAAGAUUCCACAAAUGUAUAGUGUAUAUAAGAAUUUAUAUAUAUAUAUAUAUAUAAAUAUAUAUGUGAGUAUGUAUACUCAGAUUUGUAUUCUAAUUUGCACAUUGCAGCGUACUGUAUAAUGAAAAGAUUUAUUCAUAAAAAUAAUUGUAUUUUAUAAUCUUGAAAUCUCUUUAGCUAUAAGAAACUAUGUACCUGACGUAAUUGUUAUUGCUUCAGCAGAUUGCUCUCACAGGAAGAGAGAAUAUAAAACACACAUUUUACAUACUCAUACCAUAGGGUAAAACUGGUACAAAUUUAAACUCAUGUAUAAUUUCGCUGAACAAAGUAAGGACAAGUGCUAGACCGAAGGGUUCAGUGGGUAAGGGGGCGCCGUGCACAUUUUCCUCAGUGUGACGAAAACUUCAGUAUUAUCCACCACACAAGACGCGUUAAUGCUGACCUCCACUCAUGAAUUUGCCAGCCGAUACAGUAUGGUAAUAGUAUUAUUAUAUCACUGCCAUCCUCGCAAAUGCAACGUGACUGCCCCACUGAGAGCUUGUACUGGUUACAGGCUUUCCUUCUGAUGUUGCACUGGUUUUGUUGUCGCUGUCAGCGGUGUCAGGAAAAAUAAAAUAAUAACCGUGUCUGGCUUGGUUUGCGAGUCCAUGUCGGAUAGAUAAGAUGUCUUGCUUGUUAUUUUUUCAUCGUUUUUACUACUUGCCUUUGCUUUCUUUACUCAUGAGACUUUGGUGUCCUUUAUCUAGCAAGGUACAACUUUUGUUCUUUUAAAGUGUUAUACGAAGAAUCGAGAUCUCCUUCAUUUUGAAGAGGUACGACUGCUCAAGAGGGUUACCGAACGAGUCGUUUCUUCCCUGCUUCAAUAACGGCAGGUUGCAAGCUAACGCUAAUUCCACUAAUAAAUGCAAUGAAUGACAGCAAUCUAUCUCCGUCAAUCACGAACGCAGAACGAUGCUCAGUGAUUAACCAUUCAACUGUUUCCGUUGCAACAUUCACAUCGCGUUCAGUGCCGAAUUUGGGCUAACUGAAAAAAAAAAGGAAAAACGUGCUACGGGAUAGAAAGCUGUCAUCGUCGCCCGCUUUCGUUCCUGCUUGAAACUAGAAGUCUCAAAGCAUUGAAAGAAAAUAAUCCUUAAGCAGUGCGAACAGGUCGAGUGACGGGGCAGUCUGUCGCAACCGAGGUCACAAGAAGUGCCAAACCCAAUGCCACUUUGAGGCGCGAGGUCUUGCACGCAUCACCAAAGGUCAAUCACAAAGAAUCAUAGGCGUCACAACAUCCUAGCACACAUGGCCGCAGUGUUACUCUGUGUCUUAUACAGUGCUCGACACGUUAUACCCAAUGUAUAUAGCAUGUAUUUUCAAUAAACGCUUUGCUGCUC